CAUACCCUCCUUCCGGCCUGUGCGUUUCACCUUUUUUUCCGGCCUGUGCGUUCCACACACAGGAAGUGAGUUUCCAUCGCCAGCUGCUGUCUUGCUGCAGCCUUCCAGUGUCCGUCGAGAUCAGCAGGGUACAUAAGUUUCCACAGGAAAACAUCGGGGUGUAGAGAUGGAUCUGGAUCAAGGCACCAACAGAUGGGCCCAGUAACAGAGAUACCCCAGAGAGAUGUCCCCGUCCUCUGUAUUCCCAGGAUUGUACAGAGGAGAAACACAGGAUUCCACAGGAGCAUCAGUAUGAUGACCUGAUUGAUAAUAAGGCAGAAGAUACAGAGGGAGAUGAAGAGACAUAUGUGACUGAUAUGAAGGGAGAAGAUACAGAGGGAAAAGAAGAGACGUAUGUGACUAAUAUGAAGGCAGAAGAUAUAGAGGGAGAAGAAGAGACGUAUGUGACUGAUAUGAAGGGAGAAGAUACAGGGGGAGAAGAAGAGACGUAUGUGACUGAUAUGAAGGCAGAAGAUACAGAGGGAGAAGAAGAGACGUAUGUGACUGAUAUGAAGGCAGAAGAUACAGAGGGAGAAGAAGAGACGUAUGUGACUGAUAUGAAGGCAGAAGAUACAGAGGGAGAAGAAGAGACGUAUGUGACUGAUAUGAAGGGAGAAGAUAUAGAGGAAGAAGAAGAGAUGUAUGUGACUAAUAUGAAGGCAGAAGAAACAGAGGGAGAAGAGGAGACGUAUGUGACUGAUAUGAAGGCAGAAGAUAUGGCGGGAGAGGAAGAGACGUAUGUGACUGAUAUGAAGGCAGAAGAUACAGAGGGAGAAGAAGAGACGUAUGUGAGGGGUGAUCAGCAGUGUAAGGAGGAGGAAAUCCCUACAGAUAUCACCACAGCAGAUUGCUGUGACAGCAGCAAUAUCUUAAAGGAAAAUCUCAUCUUAUCUCCGGAUUGUGAAAUAGAAGAUAAUGACAUCAAACAAGAUUCUACGGGAGAAAACGUCAUUACUCCAAUUAUACAUCCAGUACCUCACAGUGCAGAUGCAUUAUCAAAUCUUUCUUAUAAUGCGGAAUGUUUUCCUGGUACAUCAAAUACAGCUCUUAAAAUAGAUAAAAUAUUUCCCUCUUCUAAAGAUGCCAAAUGUUUUACACAGAACACAAAUCUUAUUACCCAGCAGCCAGUUAGGGCAGGAGAAAGUCCAUUUCCAUGUUCCGAGUGUGGGAAAUGUUUUACACUGAAAUCAGCUCUUGUUACACAUCAGAGAUGUCACAUAGGUGAGAGUCCAUUUUCAUGCUCUGAGUGUGGGAAAUGUUUUAAAUACAAAUCACAGCUUGUUACACAUCAGAGAAGUCACACAGGUGAGAAGCCAUUUUCAUGCUCUGAGUGUGGGAAAUGUUUUACACUGAAAUCACAAAUUGUUACACAUCAGAAAACUCAUACAGGUGAAAAGCUAUUUCCAUGUCCUAAUUGUGGGAAAUGGUUUAGAGACAAAUCACAGCUCAUUAUACAUGAGAGAUGUCACACAGGUGCAAAACCAUUUCCAUGCUCUGAGUGUGGAAAAUGUUUUACACAGAAAUCACAUCUUGUUAGACAUGAGAGAUGCCACACAGGUGAGAGACCAUUUUCAUGCUCUGAGUGUGGAAAAUGUUUUGCACUGAAAUUGUCUCUUGUUACACAUCUGAGACAUCACACAGGUGAGAGGCCAUUUCCAUGUUCUGAGUGUGGGAAAUGUUUUUCUCAGAAAUCAAAUCUUAGUAGCCACCAGCGAAGUCACACAGGUGAGAAACCAUUUUCAUGUUCUGAGUGUGGUUAUUGUUUUAGACAUAAAUCAGCCCUAGUUGCACAUCAGAGAAUACACGCAGGUGAGAAACCAUUUUCAUGCUCGGAGAGUGGGAGAAGUUUUGCACACAAAACCGCUCUAAUUGAACAUGAAAGAACUUGCACAGGUGAGAAACCAUUUCCAUGUUCUGAGUGUGGAAAAUGUUUUGCACUGAAAUCGUCUCUUGUUACACAUCUGAGACGUCACACAGGUGAGAGGCCAUUUUCAUGCUCUGAGUGUGGGAAAUGCUUUACUCAGAAAUCAAAUCUUGAUAACCACCAGAGAAUUCACACUGGUGAGAAACCAUUUUCAUGUUCUGAGUGUGGGAAGUGUUUUACACAAAAAUCAUCUCUUGAUUACCACCAAAAACUUCACACAGGUGAGAAGCCAAAUUUAUCUUCAUUGUCUGGGAAAUGUUUUGAGCAGAGUUCAGAUCAAAUUGCACAGCAACAGUUUGAUACAAGUGAGAAACCAUUUUCAUGCUCUGAGUGUGGUCAUUGUUUUAGACAUAAAUCAGCUCUAGUUGCACAUCAGAGAAUACACACAGGUGAGAAACCGUUUUCAUGCUCGGAGUGUGGAAAACGUUUUGCGCAUAAAACAGCUGUAAUGGAACAUGAGAGAACUCACACAGGUGAGAAACCGUUUCCAUGUUCUGAGUGUGGGAAAUGUUUUACGAAUAAAUCACAUCUUGUUAGACAUCAGAAACAUCACACUGGUGCAAAACCAUUUCCAUGCCCUGAGUGUGGAAAAUGUUUUGCUCAGAAACCGAAUCUUUAUAACCACCAGAAAAUUCACACAGGUGAGAAACCAUUUCUAUGCUCUGAAUGUGGGAAAUGUUUUAUACAUAAAUCAGAACUUGUUAAACAUGAGAGAACUCACACAGGUGAGAAACCGUUUCCAUGUUCUGAGUGUGGGAAACGUUUUAUAUCUAAAUCACUGCUCACUAUACAUGAGAGAAGUCACACAGGUGAGAAACCAUUUCCAUGCCCUGAGUGUGGAAAAUGUUUUUCACAGAAACCGAAUCUUUAUAUCCACCAGAAAAUUCAUACGGGUGAGAAACCAUUUCUAUGCUCUGAAUGUGGGAAAUAUUUUAUACAUAAAUCAGAACUUGUUAAACAUGAGAGAACUCACAGGUGAGAGGCAAUUCCCAUGUUCUGAGUGUGGGAAAUGUUUUACAAAUAAAUCAGAUCUGGUUACACAUGAGAGAAGUCACAGGUGAAAAUCCAUAUCCAUGUUCUGUGUGGGGAAAUGUAUUACCCAGAAAUCAAAUCUUAUUGACCACCAGAGAAUUCAUGUGUGAGAGAACUUUUUUUUUUACAUUUUCUGAGUGUGAGAAAUGUUUUCCAAAAUAAUUGAAUCUUGUUGUACACCAGAUUUCACACGGGAAAAAAAUAAUUUCUAUUAGCUGAUACAGAAGACUGUUGUAGUACCACUCCAGGCACACAGUAUCACCUGCAGAUAAUUGGAAUUUGUGUAAUUAUUGUAAGACUGGAAUAGAUUACUGGGGUGAAUCUUAUAGUAUUUUAUUUUUUUCUAUUAGAGAUCAGCACCACUCUCCACAGUAAUUAUAGAUCACGUUGUUAUGUUGGGUCUACAUUUUAUACAUUUCAGUCAAAAAUAUGAAAGAUAAAAUGCAUUAUCAUUUAAAAAUAAAAAAUACAAAAGAUGACAAUUAUUCUCCGCACUUUUCUCCAUCACAACAAGUUUGUAUGUUUGUGUUGGGAGUAGAAAGCAUAUUAUCCAAGAAAUUAAUUUAUCAAAGGUGGGGACAGAUUUACUUAGCCGCAAGGAAGGCUGUGCAACUUUUUACCGGGGUUAAGGACUUCUUCUAUACACCUAGAAAUCCACA